UUCUCAUCAGAAAUCAGAUCAAAUUGCAGGGAUUUUUUUUGUUCUUUAUUUCUUUGUAACAUUUCCCCACAUUUUCUGUUUCCUUCUUUUUCUAUAUGCGAUUUGCCAGAGGAAAGAUUGAAGAGAUUAAUCGUGCCAACGUGGUAUACGCGGGGGAUAUCUGGGCCAUUCAUCAGGAUCAAGCAUGACAAGUGAAGUUGCAUCACGAAGAAAAGUUGCAUCACGAUGCAAAGGCAAGAAUAUAGAUAUUAUUGUUAGUUCUAAAGAGGCUGUGAAUUGCAGCUUCAUGCAUUCCAUUCGUACUAUUAAGGCGGGAUUGGUGACAAAAAUUCUAAAUGUAGAUUCUUAUGGAAGGCCAGCACUUAAGUUCAAGGAAAUUGGUGCCAUAUAUGACUCUGAUGGUGGUGGCCAAAAAGGUUCAAGCUCUAAGUUUCAGCAACUGGAGAUUGGAUCUGAGGGAUCCCCAUUUGGUUCCGACAGGGUCAAAUUGGAAACUCCGUUACCCAUGGGCGGAAAUGUUGAACGUGUUCUCGAUGACGGAUGCGGUGGAAAUGGAGGUGAUAUUAAUGGAAACAGUGAUGGCAAUGACCUUGUCUUCCAUGAAAUGACUUUACAGGAACUGAGGGACAGAUGCAAGGUGAAGAAACGAAAACUUUCGAAAUGUGUAGGAAUUGAGGAGUGUCACCCGACUCGCAUGCAACUGAAAGAAGAAGAAUUCGACCUUGAGGAACCCCUCCGUUGCUGGAAAUCGAUGCUGUUAAAAAAGUCCAAGGUUGAGAGAAAACGAAAUGGGAAACCUGCAUUUUUGCAUUCUUUGGAAUCUGCAGUUUCAGUAAAAGCUGAACAGGACAGUUCUUCAUUUCCCUUGGCCACUCAAGAUUCCAUGCCUGCAGCGAUGGCCAGUGCAUCAAUGGUACAUGGCCAUCUAUUGGAAAAUGCAAAUAAUAUUGGAAUUGGGUUUUCACAAACACAUUCCAUGGAUCUCAAGAAUGUGGAUCUUUCGGCCCAUUUUUCCAACAUUCCCUGCUUCACAGAAGCAGAUUUGUUUGGCAAGUCAUCUGCUGAAUUACAUGAGGAAGACAAUGCUAAUGAGUUGGGGAUGGAAGAACCCACUUUGUUCAGUGCAAAAGCAAAUCUCUCUGCCAAGUUAUCUGACAGAUUCGUCGAGGAAGUUGAGGGAGGGAGGAUGGAGAUGGGAGAACUAGCUUCUUCAAGUAAUGAAUAUUUCCAUUGUGCUCUCAAUGAAGCUUCAACUCAACAUCAGGAGCUCGGCAAGUCAUCUGUUGAGUUACCCGAGCGAGUUGAACCAGUUGAGUUGGAGAUGGGAGAACUAGCUUCUUCAAGUAACGAAUAUUUCCAUUGUGCUCUCAAUGAGGCCUCAACUCAACAUCAGGAGCUCAGCAAGUCAUCUGCUGAGUUACCUGAGCGAGUUGAGGUAGAUGAGUUGGAGACCAGAGAACCAACUUCGUUCAUCACAGAAAUGGAUUUGUCUGGCGAGUCAUCCAACCGAAUCUGCAAGACAGCUGACCGGGGUGAACUGGAGAUGGGAGACUCGACUUCUUCUCCUAACGGAUCUCCACAUUGUUCUCUUAAUGAGGCUUCAACUCAAUAUUUGGAGCUGCUCCGUGAGUCUUUCAUUCUUCCGGAAAGUGGUGAAGAAAUUUAUGUGGGAAAUGCAAAGAUGGUUUUUUUGGAAACGGCCAGUCACGACUGUUCUCCUUCCUCGAUGUUUGAACUGAAGAAGGAUGGUGCCUCUGCUACCAUGCUUCUGGAUAGCAGCCCCGAAGCAAUCGCCAAGCCAAAGGAUCUGGGCGCUGAGAUAUGUAGCAGCUGUGAAAGCAAGUCCUCUGCUGAGGAGAAUUCGUUCCAGAUACAUGAAAAAGCAACCACCCAAAUGUCAGAUGCAGACAUUGAUUGUAGUCUUCAAUGUACUGAAUUAAUCAAUGGAAGUGAUGGGUGUAUUUCAGAUUCUGAAAGGGAAGAUCUUGAGAAAUUAAUUGAUGAAGUGUCUAUGGAGGGACCGACGACAAGAGACAGUAAUGAGGAGGAUAAUUCUCCUUCUUUUGAUGAGAGUUCUAUGGCUGGGGAGAUGGUAUCUGAAUCUGUAAAUGAAGCGGCAGAUUGUUCUACUACUGAGUCAUGUUCUUCUACCGGUAUAGCAGCGCUGGUGGCCGUUGCAGCGCUUGAGAAUGUUUGUGGAGAAAAGGCCGAACAUCCUCCACAAAGGCUUUUGUCAACCAGAAAGGCUAUUUCUCCAGCAUCUCAGGAAAAGCUUCGUCGAGCUGCGAAUGCCGAAGGAUCAUACACCAACAUACAGUUUGAUAACUCAGGCCAAAGGAGUCUAUGCUUUGAGAAGCAGGCGAAGAAUGAGGCUUUGCAAGCAGAAGCAGAUCUAUACAAAGCUGAGGUUAUGAUGGGCGGCUCUAAGGAAGUAAUCAAGAAAUCGAAGACCAUUAAAAAUGGAUCUCUUCCAUCUGUUAGCAAGGGCAGUAUUAAGUCUCCACAUGUUUCUUGUGUGGCCUUGUGUACUUGCACUCAGUGUGCUCUGAUCCGUGCGAAUGCCCAAAAGGCUAUCUCGUUUGCACAGCGACAGAUGCAUGACUUUGAGUAUGUUGCGACGAAGCUUGUGAAGGGGUUGAAGUCAAUGAAAGAUAUCAUGGAAGAAGCUUUGCUUGCAGAGCCAUCCUCAUCUACUGCUUUGAAAUCUACUGUCGAUGAGCAGAUGAAAAAAGCUGCUGAGGAUGCAGUGGGGCUUGAAGAGACCACAAGGAAGUGGCUUUCUAUGAUGGGAAAGGACUGCACUCGUUUCUGCAAAAUAAUGAACACAAUGGAGAGAAAGACCACCACUAACUUCGGUGGCACUGACAAGAGAACGAAGAAGGUGACCUUUGCAGAUGAAGCUGGUGGCCUGCUCUCCCAUGUGAAGGUUUUUGAAGAAUGCCCGGAUUCUUCCUCAGUCUUUGAGAGUGAGGUGCCUGAUCAGAAACUGUCAAUGAGUGAAGAAGUGCAACAGGUUUUUUAGGUGAAUUGAUUCGCACAUUGGCCAUAUCUGCAUUGGUGCUGUACACAAUCCAGACCGCCGAAAUGAUGGCCAGAUUCUGAUCUGAUGAUCGAAUGCUCGUUGCCAAGAUCCAAAAUGGAGUGGGAAUAUCAGCUCCAAGAUCCAAAAUGGAGUGGGAAAAUCAGCUGAGCUGUAUCUUCAUAGGUAUUGUUUGGGCAGGAAGCUUUUUGAAAUCCAGAUAUCAAAAAUGUUGUUUGUUUUAGUAUUGGUGAAGCUUCAGUGGGUGGGAACUUCAGAAUUGCCAUGCCACAAGAGUGACAAUGCAAAGCUAAUGUAUCACUGUGGGCCCCAUUAAAAUCAAGAUUGGGGCGAUCAAGGCAGAUUUUUUUUUUUUUAAAUUCUCCUCUCACAGGAUUAACUUAUGUGUACGUUGAUAAUAUAUGGCUAUCUUUUGGUUCC